AUGUAUCGAGUAUUUAAACUUCCGGUUCUCUCCCAUGUAGGGCAUCUUCCAUUUCUUUCACUUGCCUUCAAUCCUCAGAUUAUUGGCAUCUCAAAGCUCUUUUCCACAAUCAUCUAUCUGCCCAUGAUGCUGCUGAACAAAAUCAACUUUCUCCUUGUGAGCGCCCUUGGUGCCGCCUCGUGCGUGUCCGCCGCAGCGAAUGUUGCCCAAGGCAUUAGCGACAUGAACAAUAUGGGCGAGAAGAUUGGUGCCGCGAAAAGAUCAUUGGACAACUACAGCGGAGGCAUCCCGGCCGCCCUUGGGGUUGCCAGAUCUCUCAUAGUCGCACAAACCUCCGCUCGAACUGCCCGCGAAAACCUAGCGGGUGAUGACAAGAUGACACCUGAAGAAGGGUCGCGCUACGCCGAAUCCUACUAUCAAAUGUCCCCCAUACUGCUUGGUGCCAUUCAGUCAGCCCAAGAAAAGGCUCCUCUAUUCAAGAAAUCGGGAUUGGGCCCUGAAGCUAGAACAUACUUGAAUAACUUGCACGCCGAAAAGAGACUGUUCGAGAAUCAGGCCAAGGCUACGCUCCCAGAUGAGACGUUCCGCAAGAUCCAGCCUUCCUCAGACAGAAUCAGCAAGGCAUUUGAUGACGCCGAUCGUGCAUUCCAGUGA